AGAGCAGAGCAUUAUAUCGGGCUCUAACGGUGACGGAAACGAACAUACUCCAUAUGCGAGCGCAGUUGCGAAUAAUGAGGGUUGCUGUACGGUUGGAUGGGUUCUGGUGACGAGAAACAGACGCAGAGGAUUGAAGGAGGACUGAGUUGGUUUUGGCGAGUAAGUGAUUGAAGAAAAGUUGUUUCUUUCCACCAGAGAUCCACUCAGGACGUUUGUUUUUUGGAAGAAGCGCUGUUCGGAUUGCGAGUAAAGAAUUUGACUCGGGUCGAGCUGAGUGAGUGAGGCCCUGGAAUGAGAGCUCUUUGCCAUCUUGUCUCCCCCAGACCUCCAGGAGGAGCACACUGGGCGAUACACUGAGUGUGCGGUUUGUCUGAUGCAGUCAGGCUGCCAUGGCUCUGGUUCAGCCACUACCUGUGAGUGACCAUUCCAAUCAAGGUCUUGAACUCCAGCAGCGCCGGCCGCCAUCAUCUAGCUCCCCCACGGACCCCUGCUCUGUCCCUUGUGGCGCCUUUAGCACCGAUUCAGCCAUGGGUUCAGUCAGCAGUCUCAUAUCAGGCAGGACAUAUCAAGAGAGGCAUUGCAGGGCUGGCAGUGAAUUCCCACACAAGCCACGGCGCUCCACACCAGCUACCAGCUGCUUCCGCCUGCAGGAUAAGAGCCUUCGCAGUGGGAGCUCCCUGGAGCAGUUGCUGGUAAAUGGCAAUCCAACACAGCCGCAGGCACAGGUUCUACCUCCACCACUGCCCACCAAAAAGCAGCCGAGACCCGGAAACUCUGCCGGUGCAGCUGGAGAUGGAGGGGUUGCUGGAGCAGCAGUGAGUGGAACUAAUGCGAACUUUGGAUAUGUUGGUGAAGAAGUGGUUAUUGGAGACUGGAAUGACAACCUGGUGCUAACCGUUGCGAGUCCCUGCAGCGACCAAGAGGACCAAAAGGAGAGUGGGACUGUUAAUGGCAACAUUGGUGGACCUCCACCCAAACUGGUCCCAGUGUCUGGACAGCUAGAGAAGAACAUGGAGAAAGUGUUGAUCCGUCCCACAGCAUUCAAACCGGUCAUCCCCAAGAAUCGUCAUUCUAUGCAGUACCUGUCUCCACGGCCAGGAGGCAGCAAUCUGUCUGAGAGCCAGGCCAGUCUAAACCUCCUGUUGCCCCUUGGCGCCCCUAACAGCUCCAGUGGAACCCACAGUAACGCUGGAAGCUGCAGCUCCAGCUCUGAAGGGAAACCCAACUUGUACAGUGGAUGUCGUAAUGCUCGCAGCAGUCAGUCCUGCUCCAUGUCAGAUUCAGGGAGAAACUCCCUUUCCAGCAUCCCUACCCAAAGCAGCACAGUGUACAGUUUGGCCCCAAGUGAGGGCUCCAGCUCGGGUUCUGGUUCGGGGGGCCCGGCGGAGCCUGUGUCAGCCCUGGUUCGUAAUGCUCCAGGAACAGGUGGAAGCCAUGGUCAUAGCAAUUCGGACAGUGGACGUUCCUCGUCCAGUAAAAGCACGGGCUCAGGGUCACUGAGAGGUUGCGGGCAGCCCCUCUCUGACAGUGGGUCUUGUGGACACUCACCACCGCCUGUGGAGGGAUAUGAGGUGGUGGUGAAGGAGCUGGAGGAGAAGCUGCGGGAGCGAGACCUCGAGCUCCAACAGCUCCGGGAAAACCUUGAUGAGAAUGAAGCAGCCAUCUGCCAGGUUUAUGAGGAGAAGCAGAGAAGAUGUGAAAGAGAGAUGGAUGAGCUGAGACAGAGCUGUGCAGUCAAGAUGAAACAAACCUCUCAGAAAGCUCAGAGAGCACAGCAGGUGCUGCAGUUACAGGUAUUCCAACUACAGCAGGAGAAAAAGAAGCUACAAGAAGACUUCUCCUCUCUGCUGCAGGACAGAGAAACGCUAGAGAGAAAGUGUGCCACCAUUCAGAGGGAGCAAACACAGCUGGGCCCCCGUCUGGAGGAAACAAAGUGGGAGGUGUGUCAGAAGUCAGGAGAGAUCUCGCUUCUGAAGCAGCAGCUGAAAGAAAUCCAGUCUGAGCUCAGUCAGAAAGCAGGUGAGAUCGUGGUACUGAAGGCCCAACUGAGGGAGGCUCGCUCAGAGCUGCAAGCCAGCCAGGCUCGAACCCAGGAGGCCCAGACUGCAAUGCGGACGCGAUCCCUUGAGCUUGAAGUUUGUGAAAACGAACUCCAAAGACGCAAGAGCGAAGCUGAGCUUCUGCGGGACAAAGUGAGCCGUCUGGAGGACGAAUCAGUCCGGCUCCGCGACACGCUGUCAAACCACGGUGGAAACCCGACCAAGAAGGGACUGGUCAUGGGCCUUUCAUUCCAACAGGGGAGAGUAGUGAUGGGAAGGGGGGGUCCCAGCCCCUGCAUGUACCCCAAUGGAGAGGAAGGUUAUCUGGUGUGGGGAGGAGAAAGCGAUGAAGCCAAGGCUCAAAGGCAGAAUGCAGAAACACUGAUGGGACUUCGACAGCAGGUUGAUCGACUCAAAGCUGAGCUCAUGUAUGAGAGAAGAACUGGUGAGGAGCAGCGGUCACGUUUUGAGGAAGAGAGAAGGGUGUGGCACGAGGAGAAAGAAAAAGUAAUCCGCUACCAAAAGCAGCUGCAGCAGAACUACAUUCAGAUGUAUCGCCGCAACCGGGAUCUUGAGCGAGUGAUGAGGGAGCUGAGCCUGGAGCUGGAGAACCGGGACAUGGAGGACUACGAGGUCCGCAGUGGCAGCAAUGACAUCCACUUUGAGGAAAUCACUGCCACAGAGAUCUAAACACAGCACAUCAUUUGUUCACAAAAAAUGGAGGAAAACACUCAAGUGUCCCAGAAGAUGCAAACCAAACAUUGAACUGUGAACCAAAUGCUGCACUAGCUUCAGUAUGGUGUUACCUGGAGCGAUGACCGAGCUCUCACCACUGUUAAAAUCGGGGACGUUUCAUUAAGGUGCAUUGUUACUUCCUCUCAUAUGGCAUCUUCUACAGCGUUUCUAUUAGGUUUUUACCAGCACAAAGACUGCUUCCUUCCUGAGACCAAAAGCAGUGAGGUGUUUAUCAUUCUCAGAAUAUAUUUAAAUCAGGGUAUUUAAAUUAAAAAGGAACCUAAAGCAAAAAAAAAUAAAGAAAGAAAGAUAUGAACUAUUCCCUACAGAACAAUCUCAUGACACAGCACUUAAGCAUCUUAACAGCUUG